UCGAAGUUGACAUUAGUAAUUUUCUCUGCUCGUGUUGUGAUUGCAAGUACGACGAAGGAGAUUCCUGCGGUGAAAUUGCAUCAAAAUGAAGCUGCUGAACAAUUUGCUGCUCAAGCGUACGUCCACCUACCUGGUCGGAAUUGCGGGAUGCGUAUUUUUCUUCGAGCGUGGCUUCGAUAUGAUCACCGAUGCCGUGUUCGAGUCUCAUAACAAAGGGAAAUUGUGGAAAGACAUCAAGCACAAGUACGAGCAGUAACGAGUGAAGGAACCAUUGAAAGGAAACAGCUUAUCGUUUAUUGAUGUAAUAAACCGUAGCUCACUAAACCAC